AUGGCCGCCAAACUCAUCGAUAAAGCUGUGCAUAACAUUCCGGGAAGGCUGCUUGUCGCGGAGCUGUUCUUCGAGGUCCCUAUCAACUACAGCCGACCAGGAGAUGGGACUCUGCGACUAUUUGCCCGCAGUGUCCGACGCGCCUCGAGGCCAGUUGACACUGGAAAAGAUGAGAGACAGUCACCACUUCCCUGGCUUGUCUAUCUCCAGGGCGGCCCAGGGAUGGGCUGCCGUCCGCCGCAGGAGUACGGCUGGGUUGGGACAGCACUCGACAAAGGAUAUCAGGUUCUGUUCCUCGAUCAGCGUGGAACUGGCCUCAGUUCGACAAUCACAGCAAGCACUCUGGCCUUGCAGGGCAAUGCCAUCAAACAGGCCGAGUAUCUAAAGCAAUUCCGGGCCGACAGCAUCGUGAAAGAUUGCGAGGCUGUCCGUCGCUGCCUGACCACUGACUACCCCGAGGAGAAACAGAAAUGGAGCAUCAUCGGUCAGAGCUUUGGUGGAUUCUGCGCCGUGACAUAUCUUUCUUUGCACCCAGAAGGGCUGGCUGAAGCAUUCAUUUGCGGCGGGCUUCCACCCCUUGUCAAUGGACCGGAUCCCGUUUACUCACGUACAUACGAAAAGGUGAUCGAGCGAAACCAGGCGUACUAUGCCAAGUUUCCUGAAGACGUGGAACGAGUGAAAAAGAUCGUUGAAUACCUGAGUCAGAACAAGGUCAGCGUACCAUCUGGGACGCUCAUUCCUGAACGCAUCCAGCAACUGGGUAUUAUGUUUGGCAUGCAUGGUGGACUUGAUAGCGUUCAUGAUCUUAUACUGCGUGCCGCCAACGAUCUGGAAGUCUUCGGUUUCCUCACUCAUCCGACCCUGGUCACCAUCGACAGCUUCGGUGGCUACGAUAGCAACGUCAUCUAUGCUAUUCUCCAUGAGUCCAUCUACUGCCAAGGAGAGGCCUCCAACUGGUCUGCGGACAGACUCCGGUCCUCGAACUCCAUGUUCAACAUCGACACGACCGCACCGGAGAUACUUUUCACAGGGGAGAUGAUCUACAAAGACAUGUUUGACUCCUACACCGAACUGAACCAGAUCAAAGAAGCAGCGGAUAUCCUCGCCUCGACAACCGAUUGGCCUGCUCUCUACGACGAGGCACAGCUAGCGAAGAACGAGGUCCCUGUGUACGCGGCGACGUACGUGGAGGAUAUGUACGUGCACUACGACCACGCGCAAAACACCGCCGCCAAGAUCAAGGGGACCAAACAGUUCAUCACGAAUGUGAUGUACCACAAUGCGAUUCGGAGCAAGACGGAUGAGCUAUUCCAACAGCUUUUUGCUUUGAGGGAUGAUACCAUAGAUUAG